AUGGUUGAUCUGCCUCUCGACGUGCUCCUCCUGAUACUGGACAACAUCACAGUCAGUGCUCUCAUUACCGGCGACUAUGAGGACCUCUUUCAAUGCGCAUUGACCUGCAAAUCGCUGACGAAACCAGCUCUGAGUUCUCUGUAUCAAACACCCCCAAGAGAUCUGGAAGAGCCGCGGCUCUCCAUAAACGAAGAGAACAAUGCACGCAAAUGUGCAAACAUGUGGCGAUCCAUUAUCCUGUCUAUGUGCAAAGACAGGACAUAUCUACCUUACUACGAAUACAUUAAAUCCUUUUAUCUUGGCAGUCUGAGGGAUAUGCUUUCAAGAUCAAUAAACGAGGAUCUUGAUGAACUCAUGCACCGCGAAAACGAGGACGUUGGUGGCAAGAGAUUAAAGCUUUCAAAGGGGGAUCUAACUGCAACGACAGCGAUGGAUAUUUUGUGCCCAUUAAUCUUUAAAAAGGCGUAUAAGAUCACAAAGCUCGUGGGGAACGUGGGGAAAGAUGAUUGUUUUCCACUCAGAGCCUGGGUUAGCCACUUGCCUAAUCUACAGUCCCUCUCCCUUUCGCAUAGUUAUCUCUUGGGCGACAACGCUCAAGAAAGCAUAUGCGAGCAUUGCCCGAGUUUCAAGGAGCUGAAUGUGAACUAUUGGGCCUGUGACUAUCAAGCAGAAUGCGUUCUCAAAGGCCUCCGUCCGAAUUCGUUGACUUCUUUCGGGGUUGCUUUUAGUUAUGGACCGUGUGUUAUCCGUGCAAUUGGUUGCCACUCAAAAUCACUUACCACAUUAACCCUACCUAGUCUUCCUCGAGUGGCCUUCAUCGAGCUGCCGACCAUCGGGGCUUUCGAGGCCCUUGAAACUCUCCGCAUUUUCCGUUUGUCACCAGAAACCUGCAGCGGUGAGAUGAUCCCGGCUGUCGCGAAAUGGAUCUACCAUUGCAAGAAUCUGCUGUACCUAGAUCUCAGCUUUGCUUGGAGAACUUCAUGCAUCGAAACCCUAAUGCUGGCCGUCGGGGAAUUAAACCAGUUACGCAAGCUCCAGCUAUGGGAUCGUGGGUCACCAGCCCAACUCAGGGCUCUGCCGCGCUUACCCAACCUCGAGACGUUGAAUUUCCAUGGGAAGGAUAUGGAUGAUGACAUUUGGCCGUCGUUUUUCGGUUUGGAGAAGCUCACUACUCUCCGCUUAUACGGGACCUCCAAGUUCACGGCCCGGGGUAUUCUUGACUUUAUCUCACAGCUAGGUCCGGGCAAUAAGGGUAUCUACAUCACGGUCCGUAUAAAUGAUAAGUUCUCAGAGGAAGAAGUCGCUGCUAUCAAAGACACACUGGAACAAAAAGCCAGGGGGACCUUCGACUAUUAG